GGAAGGAAAGUGCAGCGACUUGGUGAUAAAAAGCUUUUUUCCCCCUCCCAGAGAAGUGUUCUGCAGAGAGUGAUCACACCACUGCAGUUUGAUGUUCAUAGACUUGAUUGGGGGUUUUUCUGUUUUUGUUUUUUUGGCGCUAGACUUGUGUAGACAGACAAAAGACAAGAAGAAGACCUUUAAAAUGUGGGACAGAAGAAAAGUGCUUCUUGCUGCGAUCAUUUUCACAGCUCUCUACUACAGUGUGCCUGCAGGGAGCUCAAAAGUCCUGGACAUGGCCCCAGACGCUGUAGAUGACCUGUACAGUAACUGCCGUGAAGAGGCCAUGAAGAAGUUUAUAGAGUCAGGCCUCUUAAAACAAGAGCUAAAACACAGCUCUUCAUUCGAGAAAGCAUGGAAUGAAAGUACCCGGUGUUCAAAGUUGAUCCCAGGAGGACGACAAGAACAUACUACUGCACUUUUGGCAUAUGAUAAUGUGGAUAGAGAGUUUAUAGUGACCUUGAACAAUGAAGUGGAGACAGUGGGUGCAAAUGUUAGCACCUAUGAAAACGACUUCCAUUUCAAGUCUCUUCACUUCCUGCUUAUGGAUUACAUGAUGCUGCAGAAGCCAAAUAAUUGCAAGACUGUGUAUAUUGUCCCAGAGGAAGAUAACUUCAACGUACAAAAAGGGUCAAAAGUGAGGCUUGGAAGGUUCAGCAAAGCAGAGGCAGACUUUGCCAAGCUAAAGUACUUCAACGAUUUGGAUGGUUUAUUCGUUUUAAACAUCACUUCUUGCUUCUUUGCCAAACUGGGGGACAACAUUUGCAAGAACGACGAGAAAAAUAUACUCUUAUCUCCAGCUGAGGUGUUCACUGUGGAGACUGUAAAAGAAAUAAAUACUGAUGAUUCGUCGUACACUGAGAUUGUUUUGAAACAUUCAGAUCUAAAGAGUUUCCACAACUGCUACAUCUUUUCACGGUCUCCAGCUGAUGUCUCCACCCAGUGGCUUGUUUUGAUGCUUGUGGCUUUAUCUCUUUUACAUGCUAACAAUUAGCAUCUAAGACAUGCUCAGACAGCUGAGAGCCAUUGAAAUGCAAAACACUGCUUUGUGCUUACAACAGUACAAUGGAAAAAAUAAAAAUCUGUAAUAUUUGCCAGUUAAGGUGCCACAAGCUUUAGUAGUUGGCUGAAAAAAAUAUAGUCAUACAACUGUCAUAUAAUUGUUUUUUACUUACUACCGUGUGUUUUGAAUUGAAAUCCUGUUCCCCUCUCUUGCUUCCUAUUUUUUUUAAAUACGUAUGUAGGACUAAUCUUCGAGCAUCUUUGUGACUGUGUCUCUGAGAAAGAUGGCAGACAAUGUAACCCAAAAAGCUGCUCCUUUCGAGCUCCAGCUUUUAAAUGAUAAAAUGUUGUUGAUUGAUGUUUUACAGAAUGACACUUGUAAGCAUUCUCUAAUCCAACACCAAUAUCAAAUAACCUCAGACAAAAAUGUAACAAAAGUGUUAUUCACAGAGACAAUAUUAGCUUUUAUAGUAUUUUCAUAUCAUAUUGCAACAAUAAAACACCAAUUCAGUGUAAUAUAUA